ACCACGGUUCGUAGGGGUCGUCGGGCCCCAACGAUCAACAUGCCAUCUGCGGGGAAUAACCGCGCUACGAAACGUCAAAGAGCUGGCUCUAAGAAACAGAAAGACACUUUUGCAUCAGAAGGGGAUGAAUCGACUGGAAGAGUCCGACAACAUGCGUGUAGGAUUUGCGGAGGGACAUUUGGCCGUCGCGAGCAUCUCAAACGGCAUUUCAGAAGUGUUCACACAGCCGAGAGGCCGUAUGUUUGCAAGGUCUGCAACAAGGGCUUUUCUCGAUGUGAUAACUUGGUACAACACGUAAAGACUCAC